AUGUCAGAUGGAAUAUUUCAGUUCCAAAUGCAUGUCGUGUUCUGUGUAUAAAUAAAGGAAAUUGGAUUGAAGCAGGAAAAAACACACCUGCAGAUAAUUAACAAUCAGUUGAAGUUUGUCUGCUGCACCACUGUGAAAACAUAUUUCACCAAAAAGACUUAAGCGACUUAUAACCAGAGCUGACCACUUCAGGUCCACAUCUGCACUCAGUGUGGUUGUGAUAGCACUGAUCUGUGUGUGAGACCUGAUUCUUCUCCAACAAACAAGAUGCAGAACAGGACUGAGAAGCUUAGAGCUCAGCUGAGGAAGAGCACCACCUACCUGGCCAAGAUCGCUGUUGUCCUCCAAGGUGUUCCAGACAAGAUGCUCACUUUUCCUCAGUUGAUGGACAAGCUGGGACCAUUUAUUUGUGAAGACAGAAGCUCUGUUGAGAACAACAUAAGAGUCUGUUUAUCAACCAAUAAAUGUUUUGUCAAGAUUCCAGUGGUUCCUGAUUCACUGGACAGCAAGAGAAACUACUGGAAACUGGACUUCAGUCAGAUCACAGCAAAGAUGGUGCGUCGUCACUUCAAAGGAAUCCUGGAGUUCUUCCCUGAGUUGACCUCCGAAGUGGAAACGGAGAAGAUGAGUAGACCAUCGGAGGCCUGCUCAGCUCUCCACUCUCCUGAACCUGCAGCCUGCAGAGCUGUUCAGAUCAGAUGUGAGGUGAAGUUCAGCAGCCCGUUCUCCAUCGAAUCCCUCCUGAAGAGAGACAAUCCCUCUGCUUCAGCCUCCAAAGCUUCCCCUCUGUCCAGUGUGCCGGUCAAAGUGAAGCAGCAGCAGCCUCGACCCACACACACACGAGUCGGGACAAAGAGGAGCUUCAGCUGGGACUCCGAGGAGCCUCUCCUCCUUCAAGGUUCAGCUGGAAAUUCCCCCAUCUGCUCAACAGGAGGCAGCACACACCAUGGACUCACUGCUGACAGAGCUGCUAAGCUCAUCAAGAGCAUGCAUGUGUGUACUAAGCGCUCAUUCCCUGUCUACACAAGAGUCAGUGCUGCUCCAUAUUUCACCAGCCCACACAGCAGUUACAUCACUUACUCUGUACCCACAUUUGCCCAUGAUGCUCAUCAUUUUCGUUUGUAAAAAUGUUUUUUAAUACUUACAAAUUGCACUUUUAUAUGUUUUAUGUUGUGAUUUUUCUUUAAGAUCAGAUGUAAUGCUUUCAAAUCACACAAGGCUCAUGAAUGGUCUUAUUUUGUCAUCAUUGUAACUUUUAGCUUUUAGGAAAAUUGAGGUUAAAAGUAAGCGUGAAUAUUUCCUGAAGUUCUGCUUGAUGGACCCUCAGUGAGAUAAAUGACAUUACUUUCAUGCACUAAUCUCAUGGAUUACUGAGCUGAGAGAGCAUGUAAACAAAUGUUUAUGGACUGCUCUUUUUGUAAUAUGGCGAUUUUAUUCAUUUUUGUUUUUUACAGAAAGUUUUGUAGCAUUGUCAGCACUCUGACAACAAUUAAGAGAGUGACAUGGUAUUUCAAAGUUUGGCUUGGAAUGAUUAAAAGUAUUACUUUGUCCAGCA